CUCCAACCUAAGGCAACAGCAUGGUUUUUUUCAGGAAGAUCUUCACUUUGCAACUGGUAGGGUUGGUGCUAACCAGCAAUUUCACUGAUUGUGACUUUGAGAAGAUUAGAAUGGAUUACCAGAACAUCAUUUCUAAUGACCUGACGAGGUGUGCCCACUGCGACGCCACCGUCAGCUGUGACGAUCAGCCGGAUUGCCUCACCAAAAUCGAGCACCUCACCUUCCAUCCUACCCCCGGCUGCAAGUCACUCCCCGAGGGAUUAACCAGAAGAACGGAAGCUACGCUCAAAAACUCUUGCCCAGGCUACUCCCCAACGCAGAAAAAUAAUACCCAGGCAAUGAAGAAAAGGAAGAAAAGAGAAGACAAAAUAAAUGAAUGCCAGAAAAUAGUCUCAAACUUAAUAGGAUUGUGGGGUCGUUUCAUGCGUUUUUAAUAGAGACAAAGUGAACCUUCAUUGAAGUCAUAUUUCAUAGAAACAAAAUAAAUCAUCCUUAUUAGGUAGAUGGAAUGUUAAUUCUAUGACGUUUAAAAGAUCACUACUAGUUAUUUUUUUAAUUACAGAAGGGUUUCUUAACUUAUUUUUGUAAGCUUUUAUUGUUUAAUAUUGGUUUAUAAUGUGGGGGAGAUAUUACCCCUCAAAUGUCAGGGACACUUCAGUAGCAUUGAUGUCUGAGCCACUGGCUUUGUGACAGUAAUUCUCAGCUGGAACUACAUGGGCCUUAUUCAAGGGAAGAAUCUAAAAGUAUAGUAGAAGGAGAGCUAUCUCCCUUCUAAAAGAAAAAAAAAAAUUGAACUCAAGAGCAUAUGAACCUUUGUUUAAAAGGCAGGCAUUUCUUUCAUACUAAAAAUUUACAAAAGAAGGAAAUACGUAGAAGCAAAAUGGUACGCACAAAAAGCUGUACAUAUAGUGGAGCAAUUUGAAAGAAUUUCAUAUUAAUAUUGUGAAAAUAUUUAAGUUACAUUUUAAAAAUUAUGCAACAGAUAAGAGUGGUAUAUGCAAGCAGAUCUUGAAGAAGUGCAUUUGUUAAAGCUAAAAUAAUAUAUAUUUUUAAACUUAUGGAAUACAUUUUUAAUUUAUUGUAUAAGCACUUUUUAUUUUUUUAUUAAAUUUAUUGGGAUGACAUUGGUCAAAAUGAACAGUAAGCACUUUUUAAAAUGUACAUAUUGUUUUGUUAUUGACAUGGUACCUUUCUUAAUAAAAUAAUUCUCA